GGGCCGAGCGGGCGUGUCCGGCACGGCACCGCCCCCGCGGCGUGAGGGAUGUGCGGUGGCGGCGGUAGCGGCGGGGGCCGCCCGGGCGGGUCAUGGUGUGAGGUGUGCGGCGCGCGCCGCCAUGAACGGGAUGGCCCCGCCGCUCGUCGAGCCCAAGGAGCGGGUGCUGCAGCUGGGCGAGACCUUCGAGAAGCAGCCGCGCUGCGCCUUCCAUACCGUGCGCUAUGACUUUAAGCCUGCGUCUAUUGAUACCGCUUGUGAAGGAGACCUUGAAGUUGGCAAAGGUGAACAGGUGACAAUAACACUGCCGAAUAUUGAGGGCUCCACUCCACCAGUGACAGUGUUCAAGGGCUCCAAGAAGCCUUACCUAAAGGAAUGUAUCUUAAUUAUCAAUCAUGACACUGGAGAAUGUCGCCUAGAGAAACUCAGUAGCAACAUCACUGUGAAGAAAAUCAGAGCUGAAGGAAGCAGUAAGGUUCAGUCUCGUAUAGAACAGCAACAGCAGCAAAUCCGAAACUCAACUAAGACUCCAAACAACAUUAAAAAUUCCCCACCAAAAGACAAGAUGUUUCCAUCCUCCCCUAUGGAUGACAUUGAACGAGAACUAAAAGCAGAAGCCAGCAUCAUGGACCAGCUGAGUAGUUCUGACAGUUCAUCUGACUCCAAAAGUUCUUCCUCCUCCUCAUCAAGCAGUGAAAAUAGUUCCAGUGAGUCUGAAGAUGAGGAAGCAAGGCCCUCUCUUCCAAUGUCAAUGCCAUAUCUGCAGCCACAGCCUGCCGUGUCUGCCAUACCACAUCAGGCUCUUCCUGACAAAGAUGCCAGUCAUAACAGAUCCCAGGAGAACAGUGGUCAUAUGAUGAAUACACUACGAAAUGACUUGCAGCUGAGUGAAUCUGGAAGCGAUAGUGAUGACUGAACAAAUCUUUGGCCUUAAUGUAUCACCUUCUUUUUUUUUUUUGCUAAAUACGUCUUAGCAUCUGUUUUGCACUAAGAUUAGAUUACCAGAGACUGGAAUGAAUGUCCUUAAUUUUUGAUAAUAAAGGCAUCCUAAUUUUCUACUGACACAUCGAGUCCACAAUACGGCAGCGCUGGUAUAUUGUCAGUGCUAUGGUUAUGUGUUUACCUUUCAAAUUACUGUAUUUACAGUAAAAUUGUGUAUGAUCUGAUUUUAAUUGUUUUGCCUCAGCCACCUGUGUUACUUGAAAAUGAUUUGUAACAGAUUUGUAACAGCUAGCUACUUUAUAUAAAUAGUUAUAGGAUGGAGAAAUUUCUGAUAUUUAUGGAGGCAAGUUUCCUUUCUAUCAUUUAAAUGUUGGAUGCUGAUCUCACAGCUUAAACUUGGAGGGUAUAAAAGGGAGAGUAACUUAAUGAGGUCUGCUGUGUCAGCAAUGCUUUUUGUUCAGUUCACAGAUUACACCUUUAAGGAAACUGCUGAAUCAUGUGGUCCACUUGCGCAGUUACAGUUUACAAUUGUUCAACACAUUGCUGAAUUCCUAAUUUCAUUGUUUUAUAGGACUUUAUAUUCUGAGCCUCAAGAUUCCUGAGGGAACUUGUCUAUUCUCUGCCUUUUUUAUGCAACUUGAAUAGGCUGGUCUUUUUACAACCUUUUUGUAUCUAAAUUUAGAUAACUGCAGAGACAGCAAGGAAUUUUCUUCAUUUAAUUCUGUAACGGAAAUCAAAAACUUUCUUUGUAGGGGUAUAAAAGUAAUUUAAUAAAGCAAUAUUUAUCAUUUUA